CAGAAGCGGUCUGACAUCAGAGAAGGAGAACAGAGGAGUCGAUUCAGCUCUUUCUCUCUCUAAAUGCCGGUUUAAAACGUUUGACAUAAUAUCCAAACCUUCUUUUUCAUAUCGAAAAAUGGUUUUGCAAAACAGCGGGCGGUACAAGUCGGACCGAGGUCAGUCUGGAGACCAGGACAACCAAGACGAUGGGUCAGGGAUGUCCGCGCUUAAGCGGCUGGAGCGAAGCCAGUUCACUGACGAGAUGGACGCUCGCUUCGGCUUCGAUCGGCAGAAGGAGCCGGGAGAGAAAACUGGCUGGCUCAUCAAUAUGCAUCCAACAGAGAUCUUAGAUGAAGACAAAAGAAUGAUCAGUGCAGUGGAUUACUACUUCAUUCAGGAGGAUGGAAACAGAUUUAAGGUGGCACUACCUUUCAAGCCGUAUUUUUAUAUUGCCACAAAGAAGAGCUGCGAGAGAGAAGUCAUCUCGUAUCUGUCAAAGAAGUUCCAAGGGAAAGUGGCAAAGCUCGAAGUUGUGCCGAAAGAGGACCUGGACCUGCCAAACCACCUCGUCGGCCUGAAGAGGGGCUACAUCAAACUGUCAUUCAACACCGUGGACGAUCUCAUGAAAGUAAAGCGAGAGAUUUCUCCAGCAGUUCGAAAGAACAGAGAGAAGGAGCAGUCCAACGAUGCGUACACGUCAAUGUUGUCAAGCGCUCUGUCAGGAGGCAGUGUGAUGACAGCAGAAGAAGACGGGACAUUGAAAAGCAUCGCUGACCAGUUGGACAACAUUGUGGACAUGAGGGAGUAUGACGUUCCCUACCAUGUGCGCGUCUCCAUCGAUCUCAAGAUUCAUGUGGCUCACUGGUACAAUGUGCGGUACAGAGGCAGUUCCUACCCACCAGAGAUCGUGAGAAGAGAUGAUCUCGUGGAGAGACCUGAUCCUGUGGUCCUGGCUUUUGACAUCGAGACCACCAAACUCCCUCUGAAGUUUCCUGAUGCAGAGACUGAUCAGAUCAUGAUGAUUUCCUACAUGAUUGAUGGUCAAGGCUACCUGAUCACCAACAGAGAGAUUGUCUCUGAAAACAUUGAGGAUUUUGAGUUCACUCCCAAACCUGAAUAUGAUGGGCCUUUUACAAUUUUCAAUGAGGAUGAUGAGGCGGCUCUCAUUCAGAGGUGGUUUGAUCACGUGCAAGAGACAAAGCCCAACAUCUUUGUCACAUACAACGGCGACUUCUUUGAUUGGCCUUUUGUUGAGACAAGAGCUUCCCUGCAUGGACUGAGCAUGCACCGUGAGAUUGGAUUCCAAAAGGACAACCAGGGGGAAUACAAGUCCAGUCAGGCCAUCCACAUGGACUGUUUGAGGUGGGUGAAGAGAGACAGCUAUCUUCCGGUGGGGAGUCAUAAUCUGAAGGCAGCUGCUAAAGCUAAACUGGGCUAUGACCCGGUUGAGUUGGAUCCAGAAGAGAUGUGUCGCAUGGCUACAGAGGAGCCUCAGACUUUAGCAACAUACUCUGUGUCAGACGCUGUGGCCACGUAUUACCUCUACAUGAAAUAUGUUCAUCCCUUCAUCUUCGCGCUCUGCACCAUCAUCCCCAUGGAGCCUGACGAGGUCCUCCGCAAAGGCUCUGGCACUCUGUGUGAAGCUUUGUUGAUGGUUCAGGCCUUCCACGCAAACAUCGUCUUCCCCAACAAGCAGGAGCAGGUUUUUAAUAAACUGACCGACGAUGGCCACGUCAUGGACUCUGAGACGUAUGUGGGUGGCCAUGUGGAGGCGCUCGAGUCUGGAGUGUUCCGCAGUGACAUCCCCUGUCGUUUCAAAAUGAACCCAGCAGCAUUUGACUUUCUGCUUCAACGAGUCGAGAGAACAAUGCGUCAUGCUAUUGAGGAAGAGGAGAACAUCCCCCUGGAGCAAGUCACCAACUUCAAUGAUGUUUGUGAUGAAAUCAAGGACAAGCUGACGUCUCUGAAAGAAGUUCCAAACAGGAUUGAAUGUCCUCUCAUCUACCAUCUGGAUGUCGGGGCCAUGUACCCCAAUAUCAUCCUCACCAACCGCCUGCAGCCAUCUGCCAUGGUCGAUGAAGCUACCUGUGCUGCCUGCGAUUUCAACAAACCUGGUGCCAAAUGUCAGAGGAGAAUGGCCUGGCAGUGGAGAGGGGAAAUAAUGCCCGCCAGUCGCAGUGAGUUCCAUCGAAUCCAGCAGCAGCUUGAGUCUGAGAAGUUCCCUCCAUUUUUCCCCAAUGGUCCACCAAGGGCUUUUCAUAGUCUGAACCGAGAGGAACAGGCCAAACAUGAGAAGAAACGACUGGCAGACUAUUGCAAGAAGGCCUAUAAGAAGACCCACGUCACGCGCCUGGAGGAGCGAGUCACCACCAUCUGUCAGAGAGAGAACUCCUUCUACGUAGAUACUGUGAGAGCUUUCAGGGAUCGGCGGUACGAGUUUAAAGGACUGCACAAGGUUUGGAAGAAGAAAUUAUCAGCAGCUCAAGAUUGUGGUGACGCUGCUGAGGUGAAGCGCUGUAAGAACAUGGAGAUCCUUUAUGAGUCUCUUCAGCUGGCUCACAAGUGUAUCCUCAACUCUUUCUACGGAUAUGUUAUGAGAAAGGGGGCGCGCUGGUACUCCAUGGAGAUGGCAGGCAUUGUGUGUUACACCGGAGCCAACAUCAUUACACAAGCCAGAGAGCUCAUUGAACAGAUUGGGAGACCACUGGAGUUGGACACUGAUGGAAUCUGGUGUGUCCUUCCAAACACCUUCCCUGAGAACUUUGUUGUGAAGACCACGAACGAGAAGAAACCCAAAGUGACCAUCUCCUACCCAGGAGCCAUGUUGAACAUCAUGGUGAAAGAGGGCUUCACCAACGAUCAGUACCACGAGCUGGUCGACCCGGCCUCCCUCACGUACCAGACUCGGUCUGAGAACAGCAUCUUCUUCGAGGUGGACGGUCCGUAUCUGGCCAUGAUUCUGCCUGCCUCGAAGGAAGAGGGAAAGAAACUGAAGAAAAGAUAUGCUGUGUUCAAUGAGGACGGCUCUCUGGCUGAGCUGAAGGGGUUCGAGGUCAAGAGAAGAGGAGAGCUCCAGCUCAUUAAGAUCUUUCAGUCGUCUGUGUUUGAGGCGUUCCUCAAAGGGACCACCCUGGAGGAGGUGUACGCUUCUGUGGCCAAGGUGGCAGAUUACUGGUUGGACGUGCUGUACAGUAAGGCAGCCAACAUGCCAGAUGAUGAGCUGUUUGAUUUGAUUUCCGAGAACCGUUCGAUGUCUAAGAAGCUGGAAGAUUACGGGGAGCAAAAGUCGACUUCCAUCAGCACAGCUAAGAGGCUGGCAGAGUUUCUGGGAGACCAGAUGGUGAAAGAUGCUGGUCUGAGCUGUCGAUACAUUAUCUCCAGAAAACCUGAAGGUUCCCCCGUCACAGAGAGGGCUAUUCCUCUGGCUAUUUUCCAAGCAGAAUCCAGCGUGAAGAAGCAUUUCCUCCGCAAGUGGUUGAAGAUGCCGAGCCUACACGACCUUGACAUCAGAUCUAUACUGGACUGGAGUUACUACAUCGAGAGACUGGGCAGUGCCAUCCAGAAGAUCAUCACGAUCCCCGCUGCUCUUCAACAGGUGAAGAAUCCAGUGCCCAGAGUGAGGCAUCCUGACUGGCUGCACAAGAAACUCCUGGAGAAGAACGAUAUCUACAAGCAGAAGAAGAUCAGCGAGCUGUUCACCAGCGAGGGAAAGAGACAGGUGGCUCAUCAGCCGGCGGAGGCGAACCAACCUGCUGACAUCGAGGACUUUGGGAUGGCACCGAAGCCUCUGCAGCCUGCCAUCCUCAUCAGCACCAAGCGGAAACGCGCUUCUCAAGGGGAGGACAGCCAAGCGGAGUCUCAGGAUAUGGAGCUCACGCAGUCCUGGAGGGAAAUCCUGGGACCACCCCCGCCGCAGGGAUCGUCACGGGAAGAGAUUCUUGUGUGGUUGCGUUAUCACAAGAAGAAGUGGGAGCUCCAGCUGAGGCAGAGGAAGGAGAGGAAGAAGAAGCGCAGGCUGCUGGAUGGAGAAGCCCAUCCUACUGGCGGAGGGGUCAUCAGGGACGGGCCAACCACUGGCCUCGGAAGCUUCCUCCGAAAAACAGCCCGUAGCAUCUUGGACAUGCCGUGGCAGAUUGUGCAGAUUGCAGAAACCAGUCACCCUGGACUGUACAAGCUGUGGGCUGUGAUCGGAAACGACCUCCACUGCAUGAAGCUCAACAUUCCCCGAGUCUUUUAUGUCAACCAGAAAGUCCCCAAACAGGAGGAGGGUGCAAUGUACAAAAAGGUGAACCGCAUGCUGCCACGCUCCAACAUGAUGUACUACCUGUAUGAGUACAAUGUGCCAGAGGACAUGUACCAGGAGCACAUCAACGAGAUCAAUGCUGACCUCUCGGCUCCGGACAUUGAAGGGGUCUAUGAGACACAGGUCCCUCUUCUGUUUCGCUCACUGGUGCAGCUUGGAUGUGUGUGCAUGGUCAACAAGCAUGUUGUGAGGGACCUGGCAGGCCGAGAGGCCGACACGUUUGAUCUUGACCAUUUGGAAAUGAGAUCACUGGCUCAGUUCAGCUACCUGGAACCUGGGAGCGUCCGACACAUGUACCUGUAUCAUCACAGUCAGGGUCACAAGGCCUUGUUCGGCCUGUUCAUCCCCUCACAGCGCAAAGCCAGCGUUUUCAUCCUCGACACUGUCCGUAGCAACCAGAUGCCGAACCUCAGUAACGUCUACACAGCCGAGCGCACCAGUCUCCUGGAGAAGACCACUGAGGAGCUCCUUCCACCAGAGAAACACACCUUUGAAGUCCGGGCGGAGAAUGAUAUAAAGGCAAUCUAUCGUGCUCUGCAGCGAAUAUUGCUCAACUAUAAGGAUGAGCGCCGCGGUCCGACCCUCAUUGCUGUACAGUCUAACUGGGAGCUGCGGCGAUUGGCUGCAGGGAUGCCAGUUCUGGAGGAGUUCCCGGUCGUUCCAGUGCAUGUGCUGGAUGAAAUCAGCUACAACGUGCUGGACUGGCAGCGUCACGGUGCACGGCGAAUGAUCCGCCACUACCUCAAUCUGGACAGUUGCCUGUCGCAGGCUUUUGACAUGGCCCGGUAUUACCAUCUCCCGGUGGGGAACCUGCCUCAGGAUGUUUCCAUCUUCGGCUCAGACUUGUUCCUGGCGCGACAUCUCCGAAAACACAACCACCUGCUGUGGCUUUCGCCCACAGCAAGACCUGACCUCGGAGGAAAGGAGGCGGACGAUAGCCGCCUAGUUAUGGAAAGUGAUGACAGAGGAUCCAUCGAAAUCAAUGCUCAAGGAUGCUAUUCUACAGUGUGUGUGGAGCUGGAUCUGCAGAGUCUGGCCGUGAACACCAUCCUGCAGUCACAGCAUGUGAAUGACAUGGAGGGCGGAGCAAGUCUGGGGGUCAGUUUUGAUGUGAUCCAGCAGGCUUCUUUGGAGGACAUGGUGUCAGGAAACCAGGGUUCUUGUUCUUUGGCCAGCUAUGACGAGACCGCUCUGUGCUCCAACACAUUCAGAAUCCUAAAGAGCAUGGUUGUGGGCUGGGUCAGGGAGAUCACACAAUACCACAACGUGUACGCCGAUAACCAGGUCAUGCACUUCUACCGCUGGCUCCGCUCGCCUGGCUCUCUGCUGUACGACCCAGCGCUGCACCGUACGCUGCACAACAUGAUGAAGAAGGUCUUCCUCCAGUUGAUUGCGGAGUUCAAACGUCUCGGGUCCACAGUUGUCUACGGAAACUUCAACAGGAUCAUUUUGUGCACCAAGAAACGUCGUAUUGAAGAUGCAAUUGGUUAUGUUGAAUACAUCACCAACAGCAUACACUCCAAGGAAAUCUUCCACUCUCUGUCCAUCUCUUUUUCUCGUUGCUGGGAGUUCCUGCUGUGGAUGGACCCAGCAAACUUUGGUGGUGUGAAGGGCAAACUACCCUCCUGCAUCUUAUACGGAGAGGAAGGAUCAAAGCAGAAGAAAAACCAAAAGGAAGGAGAGGAGGAAGGCAGUGAAGAUGAAGAGGAGGAUGCAGCUGAUGUUGAGGAAGACGAGGAAGUGACAGAUGAUGUGGAGGAACUGAUUGAGAGCAACUGGAACAUCAUGCAGUACCUUCCUCAGACUGCGUCCUGUCAGAAGUAUUUCCUCAUGAUUGUUUCAGCUUACAUAGCAGCUGUGUAUCAGAGCAUGAAGGAGGAGCUGAGACGUAACACACCAGGAGCUACGCCAGUCAAGAGACGUGGAGGGAGCCAGGCCACCCAGCAGCCUGUGGGGGACCUGAGCGCUCUUCCUGGAAUGAUCUCCUUCUCCCAGGAGUAUGUCUCCAGUGAGCUGACUCAGAACUUCUUCACCAUCACGCAAAAAAUCAAGAAGAAAGUGACCGGCACCAGGAGUGUGAAUCAGCCCUCUGAGAUGUUCCCAAACCUGCCAGGGUCUCACUUGAUGCUGAACAACCCUGCUCUGGAGUUCAUCAAAUAUGUCUGCCAGGUCCUCUCACUGGAUGGCAACAUUGUGAACCAGGUGAACAAGCUGAAGCGAGACUUGCUGCGCCUCGUGGAUGUGGGAGAGUUCUCAGAGGAUGCACAGUUCCGUGACCCUUGUAAUUCCUACAUUCUGCCUGAGGUCAUCUGCCACAACUGCAAUUUCUGCAGAGACCUGGACCUGUGCAAGGACCCCUCUGUGGCACAGGAUGGAUCAGUCUUGCCUCAGUGGUUCUGCUCCAACUGCCAGGCGCAGUAUGAAACAGAGUCCAUUGAAAUGUCUCUGGUUGAAGCGCUGCAGAAGAAGCUGAUGAGUUAUACCCUGCAGGACCUGGCGUGUAACAAAUGUAAGGGAGUCAAGGAGGCCAACAUGCCGCUCUACUGUGGAUGUGCCGGAGACUUCAAUCUGACUUUCUCAGCAAAGAACUUCUCAGAUCAGAUUUCAGUGUUCCGGAACAUUGCAUCCCACUACAACAUGCGCUUCCUGGAGGAGACCAUUGACUGGCUGAUGGUCAUGAGUCCACAUAUCAGCCAGAGUUCGUGAGAAAAUCAGCGACAUUAAAAUAAUUUAAGACAUGGAAACGUGAAAAACACAUGGAAAGUCAACUUUAGGCUCACAUGAAUAUCGUCAAUCAGAACAAGUCUUUUUGUUUUUCCUCAAAGUUUAAACAAAACCUAAUACUCCUAUUUCCUGCAAAUGUUGUGGCUGUAAACAUUGAA